CCCAGCACCCUGUGAGUCCUCUUCUGGAGCUCACACCAACCUUCACACUGAAGAGAUGCUAUCACUGCUCUGCUGCUCUCUUGUCCUCAUCUUUGCCCAGCAGACAUGAUGGCGGUUGGCUGUGACCUGAAUGGGCUCCACUAUGAGAACGGAGAAACUUUCCAGCCCAGCCCCCUCUAUAAGUGCACAUGCAUUGCUGGAGCCAUCGGCUGUACGCCUGCUUUCAUCCAGAAGCCUGCUGGCCUGCUAGGCCCCGCUCCGCUGAUGAGUAACAGACCAGCCGGCCUUCCCAAUCGUCAAAACCCCAGCAAACACCAGCAGGAGACCACAUACAUGACAGCUUGGAAGAAGAACUGUCUGGUCCAGACGACCCCCUGGAGCCCCUGCUCCAAGACCUGCGGGCUGGGCAUCUCCGUGCGCGUCAACAAUGACAACGGCAAAUGCGAGAUGAGAAAAGAUCGCCGCCUGUGCCUCCUGCGACCGUGUGACAAGAAAGUGCUUAGGAGUGUCAAGGUGCCAAAGGGGAAGACGUGCAGACCAAAGUUCCAGGCAAAGAAGGCAGAGAAGCUGAGCCUCUCGGGCUGCACCAGCACUAAGAAGUUUAAACCCACGUACUGUGGCGUUUGUACAGACAAACGCUGCUGUUUGCCCAAUAAGUCCAGCAUGAUCAAAGUUAAAUUCACCUGCAAAACAGGCUCCAACAUUCAGUGGAAGAUGCAAUGGAUCACAUCGUGUGUGUGCCAGAGGAAGUGUACCGAUCCAGAGGACAUGUUUUCUGACCUGCGGUUACUUUAAGGAACCAUUUAAAAAGCCCAAAGACAAUGAGCCUUAAGUACAAAAAAAAAAAAAAAGUACUAAAAAAGGUGCAAACCAGUCAUUAGAUGAAGGAAAUGUUAAGCUGAAAGCUUUUAUGAGCUCUGUCUUUAAGACAGGUGUGUUAAAUAAGAGGGAGAAGGGAGCCGUAGAACUCAAGGGGGGAGAGGCCGACAUCUCAGCACCAAAACAGCUGGUCAUAGACCUGAUUUUCAGAUUUCUAACUUCUAAACUGGUUUAGAUUUUGGCUUACCUUCGUUUCUCCCCACUGGAUUCAUUUACCUGGUCUGGAACAAAUCAAGUCAAACAAAGUGGUUUGAAAUAAAACUCAGAUGCAGUGAGUUUUAUCUGUUUAACGGUAUUGCCUCUACUUAAAUGUGGUUGGACCUUAUUUUUCUAGUAUUCUCUGCACAAUAUUUUUUAUAUUUCAGAUGUUUACUUAAACUUAGUCAAUGCAACAAAACCUCCCUUUGGGAUUAAAGAAACUCGUUCUGAUUAUGAACCUAGUAUCUUUAAUGAAUGUUAGAGAAGCUGAGCUCUAGACAUUGUAUCACAAAACUCAGGAUGAGGUUUAGAUGUCUUCCACCAAAUUCUUCCAAUUUAAAGAAAAGUUACGAUUUUUAGACGAUCAGGAUAACAGCAUGCUAAGAUUGGCACUGAUUACAGACACCCGGUAUCAAACCUGCCUUCUGCUCUUUUCAGGGGAAGCACAAUAGGGAUAUUUAAAAUGUAUCCUGGGUCAUUCAUGCAGUGUUCAAAGAAAUAAAUUCAUACAUAUUAGAAUUUUCCAUCUACUAUUGUCUUUAUAAGGUUCUUUAUUAACUGAGGAACUGCUUGAAACUCCCUCUAAUCACAUUAAAUGUUUAACUUACCCUUAUCAAAAAGUAGUUUUAUUCAAGUGUACUACCAGUAUACUUACAUACUUUAAAGUGAGGCAGUGCACUUGAAGUUUACUUUUUAUAAAUUAUGUUUUAUAUACUUAACAAUAGUAUAGAGAAGUAUACUUGACUUAUUUUGAAAAGUAUAAACAGAAGUCUAAGUACAUUAAUUCUAAGAUUUAAGUUUAUACUUCUUAAGUUUAUUUAACAAAAUUCACUUCAAGUAUACAACCUUUUGCUAAGGGUAUACAUGAAUGGCUGCUGUACAAACAGUUUUGGGUGAAAUGUAGACAUUUCAUGUUUUUUUUUUUUUUUUUUUUUUUUUUUUUAAAAGGGUAAUUUCCUUCCAUGGGCUGGAUCUGCAAUGGACUCAGGACUCUAUCCUGAUCAUUUUAUUUCUCUGUACAGCCAAAUAAACAGUGCAGAGGUUGACCUCAAAUUAAAUGACUGAAGGUGUUUAAAUAAAAUGUAUUUAAAAGGAAGUUUAAAUCACAUUGUCGCAGCUGAAGGUGACCUUAAUUAAAAUGGUUUUUGUAAUUUGA